AUGGCGAUACCUACAGGACGGAGCCGUGUUGUGCUAAGAUGUCUGGUGGUAGUGACGGUGAUUUCGAUUGUCGUGUACGGUCUUGAACGACGCGUACAAACAGACGAAACCGAGAUCGAUCGGCCGACUAAAACCUCGAGCGCUCGUGGAUUGGCAAGUUUGAGCAACCAAGUAAAUGCUUCAUCGCUCUCAAGCAGCGCGGAAGAAGCAGUGAGCAAGGAGUUCAAUGACGAAAGUCCCGCCAGCGGAGAUGGUGUGCAAACAACUACUGAGACGGAAGUUCCAGUGUCUAGUUUUGCAGAUUCAACAUCGGAUGAGCUGUCAGAGCAGGAGGGCUCAAAGCCUGUGGAACCUACUACUGGACUAGUAUUGAACGAGAAAUUGAACGCCGAAGGAUCGCAUAAGGAAGAGCCACCAAUUGAAUCUAAUCUAUCGGAUACAUCAACUAGCACGACUCCAGAACACACUACGACCUUUGUAGAUGAUCCAGGGUCAAACGAGUCUAGUGUCAGCCCAGAGAAGAGCAAUACGAAGUCCAUAGGUAGUUCAAGCAAGGGAUUUUCUUCACAGAUUAGUCCAGGAGACAUCAUCAGUUCUCCGACAAGCGACUUAGGGGUGAUCGAUUCUAGUACUGGUAUUGACCCAGGCACUGACGAUCAUGUUACACGGGAGAAUGGAGACAAAGACCAAGAAUCUAGUAGCAUGGGUGGCGAGCAUAACGACGCUACUGAGCAUAAGAACGAGGAUCAAGAAAACAACGUAAACCACAGCGGCAGCGACACAAGUAAUGGCAACCAGAACGAAAUCGUCACUUCGACCGCCACCCCUGCAAAAAGCAACUUGGAUAGGAAUGAUAACACACCAACGUUGGUGUCUUCCGCUUCUAGCGGGAUCGGGAGCAGUCUAAGCAAAUGGGACAAUGGCAGUGGAAAUGAUGAUGCGAAUGGCAAUGCUAAUGAAAGCAUCAACAGCAAUGCUAAAAACAACAGAGCAAAAGCCAACUCCGAGUACGUCGAACAAUGGCAACGCUACCGGCGAGACCGUGAGCAGUUCGACUACCGGCGAGACCGUGAGCAGUUCGAGUACGUCGAUCGAUGA